GUGCUGACGCGCAACGCUGCCCAGGCGGGGUGCGAGUGGCGCAGUCGAAGCCCGCUGCGGCCCCUGAGGAAGCGAGGAGGCGGCGGCGGCGGCUGAGGCGGGCGGACCGGCGAGGCGGCGGCUUCAGGCUCUGAGGGAUUCGAAAACUGAAGCAGCAGCUGCGGCAGGACCUAUCCGUUUCGCAGGCGGCGGCCGGAGGCGGCUGCGGCGGCGGCGGGAGCGGUGGUGCCCCCUGGGCACAGGGCCAUGUACAACGGGAUCGGGCUGCCGACGCCCCGGGGCAGCGGCACCAACGGCUACGUUCAGCGCAACCUGUCCCUGGUGCGGGGCCGCCGUGGUGAGCGGCCUGACUACAAGGGAGAGGAGGAACUGCGGCGCCUGGAGGCUGCCCUGGUGAAGCGACCUAAUCCUGACAUCCUGGACCACGAGCGCAAGCGGCGCGUGGAGCUGCGAUGCCUCGAGCUGGAGGAGAUGAUGGAAGAGCAGGGGUACGAAGAACAGCAAAUUCAGGAAAAAGUGGCGACCUUUCGACUCAUGUUGCUGGAAAAGGAUGUGAACCCUGGGGGCAAGGAAGAAGCCCCAGGGCAGAGGCCAGUGGUAACUGAGACCCAUCAGUUGGCAGAACUGAAUGAGAAGAAGAAUGAACGACUCCGUGCUGCCUUUGGCAUCAGUGAUUCCUAUGUGGAUGGCAGUUCUUUUGAUCCUCAGCGACGUGCUCGAGAAGCUAAGCAAACAGCUCCUGAGCCUCCCAAACCAUACAGCCUUGUUCGAGAGACCAGCAGUUCUCGCUCACCAACUCCAAAGCAAAAGAAGAAGAAAAAGAAGAAAGAUAGAGGACGCAGGUCAGAGAGCAGUUCUCCUCGACGGGAGAGGAAGAAGAGUUCAAAGAAGAAGAAACACAGGUCAGAAUCCGAGUCCAAGAAACGAAAACACAGGUCUCCUACUCCAAAGAGCAAACGUAAAUCAAAGGAUAAGAAGAGGAAACGGUCUCGAAGUACAACACCAGCUCCUAAGAGCCGUCGAGCUCAUCGGUCAACUUCUGCUGACUCUGCUUCUUCCUCUGAUACUUCUCGUAGUCGGUCUCGAAGUGCUGCUGCUAAAAUUCAUACAACAGCCUUGACUGGGCAAAGUCCUCCCCUUGCUUCAGGGCAUCAAGGGGAGGGAGAUGCACCUUCUAGUGAACCAGGUGCCACCAACAUACCACAGCCUAGUAGCCCAGAUCCCUCUACAAAGCAAUCUAGCAGUCCUUAUGAAGACAAAGAUAAGAAGGAGAAAUCUGCAGUUCGACCUAGCCCCUCUCCGGAAAGGAGCAGCACAGGGCCAGAACUACCUGCCCCCACUCCGCUCCUUGUUGAGCAACAUGGUGACUCCCCACGACCCCUUGCAGCAAUCCCGUCCAGUCAGGAGCCAGUUAACCCCUCAUCUGAGGCUUCCCCAACCCGGGGCUGUUCACCACCUAAGUCUCCUGAGAAACCUCCUCAGUCAUCUUCCUCAGAGAGCUGCCCACCAUCCCCUCAACCUACCAAAGUUUCUCGGCAUGCCAGCUCUUCUCCUGAAAGUCUUAAACCCACACCAGCUCCUGGGUCCCGUCGAGAGAUUUCUUCUUCACCCACAUCUAAGAAUCGCUCACAUGGCAGAGCAAAGCGGGAUAAAUCUCAUUCUCAUACCCCAUCUCACAGAGCAGGGAGGUCUCGUAGUCCUGCCACUAAGAGAGGACGAUCUCGAUCUAGAACCCCCACCAAGAGAGGUCAUUCCAGGUCCCGAUCCCCUCAGUGGCGAAGGUCACGAUCUGCACAAAGGUGGGGAAAAUCUAGAAGUCCCCAGAGGCGUGGCCGGUCAAGGUCUCCUCAGAGGCCAGCCUGGUCCAGGAGCAGAAAUACUCAGAGAAGAGGCAGGUCUAGGUCAGCAAGGAGAGGCAGAUCACAUUCCAGAUCUCCGGCCACUAGGGGCAGAUCCCGGUCUAGAACUCCAGCUAGAAGGGGUAGGUCUCGGUCUAGAACACCUGCCAGGCGGCGAUCACGAUCCAGAACACCUGCCAGGCGUAGGUCUCGGUCUAGAACACCAGCUCGCAGGGGAAGGUCUAGAUCGAGAACACCCGCUCGGCGCAGGUCUAGGACACGAUCACCAGUUCGAAGGAGGUCUCGAAGUAGAUCCCAAGCUAGGAGAAGUGGUAGGUCUAGGUCCAGAACACCAGCCAGGAGAAGUGGCAGGUCACGGUCUAGAACACCAGCCAGGAGAGGGAGGUCACGGUCUAGAACACCAGCCAGAAGAAGUGGUCGAUCUCGGUCUAGAACACCACCCAGGAGAGGGAGGUCACGGUCCAGAACACCAGCACGACGACGAUCUCGCAGUAGAAGUCUUGUGAGACGUGGAAGAUCUCACUCUAGAACACCACAAAGAAGAGGACGAUCUGGCUCAUCCUCAGAGAGGAAGAACAAAUCUAGAACAUCUCAGAGGAGAAGCAGGUCUAACUCAAGCCCAGAAGUGAAAAAAUCUCAUGUUUCCUCAAGACGGAGCAGGUCUCUUUCUUCACCACGAUCCAAAGCAAAAUCUUUGAGGCGAAGCCUUUCAGGUUCCUCUCCAUGUCCUAAACAAAAGUCACAGACACCAACCAGGCGAAGUCGUUCUGGUUCUUCGCCACCUAAACAGAAGUCAAAAACACCACCAAGACAGAGUCAAUCAAAUUCUCCUCAGCCUAAAGUAAAAUCUGGAACACCACCAAGACCAGGGUCUGCAACAAACAUGCAGGCCGAUGAAUGUGCUGCAACACCACAGAGACAGAGCCGUUCUGAAUCAUCACCUGAUGGUGAGGUGAAAUCAAGGACCCCAUCAAGACAAAGCUGCUCUGGGUCUUCUCCUCAAGUUAAGUCUAGCACACCUCCGAGACAGAGCCCAUCUAGGUCAUCAUCUCCACAACCCAAAGUGAAGACAGUAAUAUCACCAAGACGAAGCCAUUCUAGCUCCUCUUCUCCAAGUCCUAGUAGAGUAACAUCUAGGACACCUCAGAGGAAAAGCAGAUCAGUAUCUCCCUGCCCCAAGGUGGACUCUAGAUUGUUAAGACAUAGCCGUUCUAGAUCCUCUUCACCAGAUACCAAAAUGGAACUGGGAACACCACUGAGACACUCUGAGUCUACAUCACCAUAUCCAAAAAGCAUGCUUCAGACUCCACCAGAUCAAAAUCUUUCUGGAUCAAAGUCACCCUGUCCCCAGAAGUCUAGGGAUUCACCAACAGGAAGCUCUGGAUCUUUUUCCCUCUGUUCAGGCGUAACGCCUAGUGGUGUAUUUCCAGGAGAGAGCUGUUUUAGCUCCUCAUUUGUGCAACAGAAAGGACAAUCUCAAAGUUGGCCAGAUACUUCAAGUCCAGAAGUCAGGCAGACUCACUUGGAAUCUUCAUCGCUGCAGAGCAAAUCUCAAACAUCUCCUAAGGGUAGCCUUUCCAGAUCUUCAUCUCCAGUCACUGAGCUGACAGCCAGAUCACCAGUAAAACAAGAUAAAAGUGAACUAUCAACAGAUCCAAAGUUGAAGUCAGGAAUGUCUCCUGAGCAGAGUAAGACUAAACCUGACUCCAGCCUAUAUCCUUUAGUAGACUCUAAAUCUCUUCUGGUACAGAGCAAAUUGGAGUCUUCUGAAUUAAAGGAGAGACUAGGUUUAAUUCAAGAGGAUGUUGCAUUAUCUUCUAUACCAAGAGACAAAUUUAGUCCUCUACAGGAUAGGCCUGAGUCCUCUACAGUGCUGAAAGACACACCUAGAGUACUAUUAAAAGAAAGGAGUGGAGCUGGGUCACCUCCAGGCACAAGAGACCAAAAAAGUUUGUUACCUAAUUUAAGUCAAGAUGAAUUAAUGGAAGUAGAAAAAGCUGAGCAACCUUUAAGCCAAGUUCUACCCAGUUUAUCUCCAGAACAUAAAGAAAUACCUGCAAGUAACUUUGAGUCAUCUCCUGAAAUAGAAGAAAGGCCUGUUGUAUUGUCUGCUCUUGACCAAAGCCAGUCACAGCUUUCAAAAACAGCAGAAAUGCCUGCAGUGGCUUCAUGUUGGGGUGGGCCACAAGUUUCUCCAGAACAUAAAGAACUAUCUCAUUCUCCCCCCAGGGAGAAUAGCUUUGAGUCAUCUUUAGAGUUUAGAAACUCAGGCCCUGUUUCUGGACUUUCUCCUGAGGUUAAAGAAGAAUUGAAUGGACCGUUCCUUCAUCAGACAGAGGCAGAUCCAUCUCUGGACGUGAAAGAACAGUCAACUAGGUCCUCUAGACGCAGCAGUUCUGAGUUAUCACCAGAAGUAGUGGAAAAGGUAGGAAUAUUUUCAAGUCAGAGUGUAUCUUCGCCUGUGCUUGAGACUGUACAACAAAGAACACCUUCGAGAGAAAGAAGUAGUUCUGCAUCUUCUCCUGAACUGAAAGAUGGUUUACCCAGAACUCCAUCUAGGAGAAGCCGGUCUGGGUCUUCUCCAGGACUUAGAGAUGGCUCUGGGACUCCUUCUAGGCAUAGCCUGUCUGGGUCCUCUCCUGGAAUCAAAGAUACACCUCAAACCCCGUCCAGGGGACGAAGUGAAUGUGACUCUUCUCCAGAACCAAAAGCGUUGUCUCAGACUCCUAGAGCUCGAAGUCAUUCUCCAUCAUCCCCAGAACGCAACAACAAGAGUAUCACUCCUCAGAGAGAAAGAAGUGGGUCAGAAUCAUCAGUAGAACAGAAAACUGUGGCUAGGACCUCUCCUGGGCAAAGAAGUCGAUCUGGGUCUUCCCAAGAGCUUGAUGGAAAACCCAGUGCAUCCCCACAGGAAAGAAGUGAGUCAGACUCUUCUCCAGAUUCUAAACCCAAGACUCGAACUCCUCUCAGACAGAGGAGUCACUCUGGAUCAUCUCCAGAGGUUGACAGCAAAUCUCGACACUCUCCCAGGCUCAGUAGGUCUGGCUCAUCUCCUGAAAUGAAAGAUAAGCCUAGAGUGUUACAGAGGGCUCAGAGUGGUACUGAUUCGUCUCCUGAACACAAGAUACCUGCCCCUCGGGCCCUGCCCAGGCGUAGUAGGUCAGGUUCGUCAAGUAAAGAGAGAGGUCUUUCCCCUGAAGGAAGCAGUAGUUCUGAGUCUUCUCCAGAACAUCCCCCCAAAUCUAGAACUGCUCGAAGAGGCUCCAGGUCUUCAGUGGAGCCAAAGACAAAGUCUCGCACACCACCUCGACGCCGGAGUUCUCGAUCAUCUCCUGAGCUAACCAGGAAGGCUAGAGUCUCUCGUAGAAGCCGGUCUGCCUCCUCUUCACCAGAAACCCGCUCCAGAACUCCACCAAGACGCAGAAGAAGUCCUUCAGUAUCUUCACCAGAGCCAGCUGAGAAGUCGAGGUCUUCACGGAGGAGGCGCUCAGUUUCUUCUCCUCGCACCAAGACAACUUCAAGAAGAGGCCGGUCUCCUUCACCCAAACCUCGUGGACUCCAAAGAUCUCGAUCCCGCUCACGUAGAGAGAAAGCCAGAACAACUAGACGCCGAGAUAGAUCUGGAUCAUCUCAAUCAACAUCACGAAGAAGACAGAGGAGCCGCUCUAGGUCACGGGUUACUCGGAGACGAAGGGGUGGCUCUGGUUACCAUUCAAGAUCACCUACCAGACAGGAGAGUUCUCGAACCUCCUCUAGACGCAGAAGAGGCCGCUCCCGGACGCCCUUGACCAGUCGGAAACGAUCUCGGUCACGCACAUCACCAGCUCCUUGGAAGCGCUCUAGAUCUCGAGCCUCACCAGCCACUCAUCGGCGAUCCAGGUCCAGAACACCAUUGAUCAGCCGACGUCGAUCCAGAUCACGGACUUCACCUGUGAGUAGGAGACGGUCAAGGUCAGUGAAUAGGCGUAGAUCUCGAUCAAGAGCAUCCCCAGUGAGUCGAAGACGAUCCAGGUCCAGAACACCACCAGUAACUCGUCGUCGUUCAAGGUCCAGGACACCAACAACUCGCCGUCGCUCUCGUUCCAGGACUCCUCCAGUCACUCGCAGAAGGUCCAGAUCCAGGACUCCACCAGUAACCCGGAGGCGAUCGAGAAGCAGAACUUCACCUGUUAAUAGAAGAAGAUCAAGAUCCAGGACAUCCCCAGUUACCCGGAGAAGAUCAAGGUCUCGAACAUCUCCAGUCACUCGUAGGCGGUCCCGUUCCCGAACCUCUCCAGUGACAAGACGCCGCUCCAGGUCUCGAACUCCUCCAGCGAUUCGGAGGCGCUCUAGAUCUCGGACACCGCUGUUGCCACGCAAGCGCUCUCGAAGCCGCUCACCACUUGCUAUCCGCCGCCGUUCUAGGUCUCGUACUCCUAGGGCAGCUCGAGGCAAGCGGUCCUUAACAAGAUCUCCUCCAGCCAUCCGUAGGCGGUCUGCAUCUGGAAGUAGUUCUGAUCGUUCGCGUUCUGCCACUCCUCCAGCAACAAGAAAUCAUUCUGGAUCUCGGACACCUCCUGUAGCACUCAGUAGCUCUAGAAUGAGUUGCUUUAGUCGUCCUAGCAUGUCACCAACUCCUCUUGACCGAUGUAGAUCACCUGGAAUGCUUGAACCCCUUGGAAGCGCUAGAACACCCAUGUCAGUGCUACAGCAAACUGGUGGCUCAAUGAUGGAUGGUCCAGGUCCUCGGAUUCCUGAUCAUCCAAGAUCAUCUGUUCCAGAAAACCAUGCUCAGUCUAGAAUUGCACUUGCCUUGACAGCCAUCAGUCUUGGUACUGCCCGGCCACCUCCAUCCAUGUCUGCUGCUGGCCUUGCUGCAAGAAUGUCCCAGGUUCCAGCCCCUGUACCUCUCAUGAGCCUCAGAACAGCCCCAGCUGCCAACCUUGCCAGCAGGAUUCCAGCAGCAUCUGCAGCAGCUAUGAACCUUGCUAGUGCCAGGACAUCCGCUAUUCCAGCAUCUGUGAACCUUGCUGACUCACGAACACCAGCUGCUGCAGCAGCCAUGAACUUAGCCAGCCCAAGAACAGCAGUGGCCCCUUCAGCUGUGAACCUUGCAGAUCCUCGAACCCCUGCGGCUUCAGCUGUGAACCUAGCAGGAGCUAGGACACCAGCUGCAUUAGCAGCUUUGAGUCUCACAGGCUCUGGGACACCUCCAACUGCUGCAAAUUAUCCCUCCAGUUCCAGAACACCCCAGGCUCCAACCCCCACAAAUCUAGUGGGUCCUCGAUCUGCGCAUGGCACAGCUCCUGUGAAUAUUGCUGGCUCUAGAACCCCUGCAGCCUUGGCUCCCACAAAUCUCUCCAGUUCCAGGAUGGCUCCAGCAUUGUCUGGUGCAAAUCUCACCAGUCCCAGGGUCCCCCUUUCUGCUUAUGAGCGUGUCAGUGGCAGAACCUCACCUUUAUUGCUUGAUCGAGCCAGGUCCAGAACACCACCAUCUGCCCCAAGCCAGUCUAGAAUGACCUCUGAGCGUGAGCGGGCUCCUUCCCCUGCUUCAAGAAUGGUUCAGGCUCCUACGCAAUCUCUUCUUCCUCCUGCGCAGGAUCGGCCUCGGUCCCCUGUGCCAUCUGCUUUUUCAGACCAAUCUCGUUCAGUUGCCCAGACCACUCCUGUAGCAGGGUCUCAGUCCCUUUCAACUGGGACUGUAGCAAAGUCCACAUCCUCUGCUAGUGACCACAAUGGCAUGCAUUCUGGCCCUGCCCCUGGGGUGUCCCAUGCUGAAGGUGGGGAGCCACCUGCCUCUACUGGAGCCCAGCAGCCUUCUGCAUUGGCUGCUUUGCAACCAACAAAGGAACGUCGGAGCUCUUCCUCCUCCUCCUCAUCAUCUAGCUCCUCCUCCUCUUCAUCUUCAUCAUCGUCAUCAUCCUCUUCUUCUGGCUCCAGUUCUAGUGACUCAGAGGGCUCCAGCCUUCCUGCUCAACCUGAGGUGACACUGAAAAGGGUUCCCAGCCCCACCCCAGUCCCAAAGGAGGCUGUUAGAGAGGGACGCCCUCAGGAACCAACCCCGGCCAAAAGGAAGAGGCGCUCUAGCAGCUCCAGUUCCAGCUCCUCCUCCUCCUCUUCUUCUUCCUCUUCCUCCUCCUCUUCUUCCUCCUCUUCCUCCUCCUCCUCCUCUUCUUCCUCCUCCUCUUCUUCCUCUUCUUCCUCCUCCCCUUCCCCUGCUAAGCCUGGCCCUCAGGCAUUACCCAAACCUGCAAGCCCCAAGAAGCCACCCCCUGGCGAGAGGAGGUCUCGAAGUCCUCGGAAGCCAAUAGACUCCCUUCGGGAUUCCCGAUCCCUCAGUUACUCACCUGUUGAUCGUCGACAGCCCUCGCCCCAACCCUCACCACGGGAUCAACAGAGCAGUGAACGAGUUUCCUGGAGAGGCCAGCGAGGGGACAGUAAUUCUCCUGGCCAUAAGAGGAGGAAGGAGACACCUAGUCCCCGUUCCAAUCGUCACCGCUCCUCCAGGUCUCCAUAAUCUGGAUUCCACCACACCUCAUACUCUGGAGACAUGAGUAUUCCUCAUUUUUCCCAGAAGAAUCAUGGGAGGAGUCUUUGUAUGCCUUCCCUUGAACCUUGGCAGCAUCUUGAGGGGAAGAUCUUUCUCCCCCUCUCCGCUCCCUUUUUUUUUUUUUUUUUUGUUCCUGUGAAAUGUUGAUCUCUGUGAGUUUUUCCUGGUUCAUGUGUUUUGGGGGGGUUGGAGUGGGAGGGAAUGUGAGUUUAGGGAGGGAGGGGCACAGCUCAAGACAUCUAAGCCUCAUGUAAUGAUCCAGGGAGCUAGUCCUCCAAAUUCUUGGGUGACUGAACCUGAUGGUUUGAUUUGGUAAGUUGUUCUUGGAAGAGGAAGGACCUGAAGUUGGUUGGCCCUGCUGCACCCCGUUGACAAGGUUGAGAGACCCUCUCCCCCCAACUUUUGUUUCUUAAGGCAUUUUGUUUUUUAAAAAAUCUGUACAGCAAAAGCAACUUUUUCUGUCAAAUAAAAAUAAAUAAAAGUGAGAAAUGCAGUAA